UUUUUUUUUUUUUUUAAGAUCCAGUGGCAUAUAAUUGUUGAGCACAGCGCUGGGGUUGAUGAUCUAACUGUGCCCCCUUUGCAUUUACUAAACAGUUCAGUACUUUCAUUGUAAGUCCCAAAGUUUUGGCUACUUCAACUAGGUAUGUUAGCUCAAUUAUUAAGAGAGUUAUGUAAAAAGAAGUCAUGCAAACAGCUUGAACUAAACCUUAAAAUGAUUCAGUUUAGGGAUUAAUGUUGCUACAUUUUAUGAGGGGGCCAGAAAAUGUGCGGACAUAUUUAAUUUUAGAUUUAAUAUGAAAAGUACAUCAAUGCAGUGAUUUAUUUAUUUAUUUUAAUUUUUUUUUUAAUCCUGGUCCUCAGGUUCCACUGUGCUUCAUGUCUGUUCAGUACACCCGAUGUAAACCAUUGCAUUUACUUUACAUGGUACCUUAAAUUUGAAAAUAUUAAACACUUAUCCUCAAUAUGAAACCUAUUAGUUGCUUAUAACAAACUUUAAAAUGUUUUGUCAUUUAAAAACUUAUUUUUGUCUGACUUAAAAUCACCGGAAAAAUUAUCAAAAGGAAAAUAAAAAUAUGUUACUGCGAAAUAUGUAUUUAUUCUCGCUUUUCUUAGUAAGAACAAUAAACAAAUGCAUGCGGUUCAAGGAGAAAUUAUUAGUUAUGCAGCACGAGAGCUGGCUACAGAAAUCAGACCUUAUCUUGAUCAGGCAAUCAGUGAAUGUGAGUGCUGACAGGUUGGGGGGGUAGCAACACUCUAGGGCGUGGAAGUUGUUACUAAGGGAACCCGUCUCAAAGUUAGAUGUUUUCAGCAGCAGUGAUUUGAUUAAAUGAUUUUUUUCAUAGAAAUCAUUUUCUCUCUCUACUAGAAUAAUACUAAAAUUGUGUUUCAGUGCUGUUAAUUACAGCUCUUAAACAGAAACUGUUUGUUUGUUUUUUCCGGCUGUAAAAUGCACCGUUCUCUCCUCAAACAGGGCUUCAUUAUUCUCUUUCAAGGCUGUAAAAAAAAAUCCUUGUUGCCGCCCUGCCGGGGUGUUGUCACCAGUGGUAUUAAAAUGCGUUCAUAAUGUUUGACUCGGUCUUCCUCUCCUGCUCUGGGUAAGCAGGAACAGAGCUGCUUCUCGCAGAUUGCAUGUUUUUAUUGUAUGCUUUAUGUAUUCCCUCAGCGGUGCUUUGCCGGGUUCACAGUCUGGCCGUCGUGUCGUGAAUCAUCUGGAAUUUGUAGAUGAACUUUUCCUCACAGUCGUACGCUUUAAAAAUCGUUUUGGCGGCUCCAAGGAAACCUUCACCAGCACAAACAACCUGCACAUACAACACGGAACUGCUCUGACUGGAACACAAAAGAUGCGAUUGAGAUUUUUAACAGAUUCUCAAUGCGAAGUCCGGCAGGUAUGUGGGAAAGCAAGAUUAAAUCUGUCACAUGUUUUGAGUUGCCUCAGCGGUGAUGUAACAGCUAAACAGCCAAAUAACGCUGAAUACCUACCAACUGCUACGAUCGUCUGAGUUAUGGAAACAACUUAGAAGACCCACGCCACACUUGUUCAGAAAAAAUAAGGUCAAAUAAUGACGGAUCUUGUUUUAUGAAAGCAUCAUCUUCCAAACAGAUUAGGAAACUUUUCUCAGCUGCUGUCUGAUGUGGCCUCUGGAGUCGGUAACUCAAGGACUGUUUGUGUCCUUGCAGAUGGAGGAGCUCAUGUGGCAGAUGGGCUGGGAGGUUGGGACAACUCACUCUUUGUCCUCUUCUGUUAUUGGGAGCAAUUAACCUCUUACCUUAUAACCAGGGAUGCAUGAUUAUUGAAGAGACGGGACUUAAAUCAAAACAAAACAAAACAAAACUGUGACUUUGGUAUCCAUCAAAAUAAAUCUGAUCUCUGAGUACUUGUUGCAUUAUUGAAUGUAUUUUCCCACGACUAAAACAAUUUACAUGUGCAAUAAGCAAGAAAUCAAUUAAGCUCAUGAUACAAACAACAACAAAAAAAACCAAAAACUGCAAUAAUUUCAAUUUGCAUGUUUUACUGCUUUUCUCCUUUCACCAAAAAAUUAGUUGAUGAAAAUGUUCAGUCUGGUGAUUUGGUCUCAACUAGACCCUUUUUGAAGGACAAAUUUGUUCACAGAAACUUCUAAAAGUCAUUUUAUUUGUUGUUUCUGUUGUUUAUUUAUUUUGAAUAUUUAAAACGUCUUCCACCUCCAGUGCUAAACGUUCACGAGCAUUUAAAGAUUACUGAUGUUUGAGGAUGUUGUUCUGGCAUCAUUAUGCCAUUACCGUUAUGUUGUAUUGCUGGAAAAUGGUCAAAACAACAUUAUGGUUUAUCGCAAUAACUUCUGGGACAAUUUAUCGUCCGGCUAAACGUGUUAUCGUGACAGGCCUGUGCAUUUCUACAGUUGGACUGAAGGGAUGGCGCAGUGCAGCAGAACACAAUGUGUCUAAAAGGUUAAGUGUUUAAAAAUGUCCCCACCCGUGAGAUUAGUCAAAAAUUGUCUUGUAAAUUCAAGGUGAUAAGAGAAAAAAAUCUUUCUAUAUUUCCUCAGUAUUUUCCGGUCCACAUGCUGACUCAUCAAUAACUCUGCAGUCACUUCUGUCUGCUGGUAUUUAGUCCCAGCAAAAAGCAUCUAUGACGUUCUAAGAACAUGUCACCAAAAAAAAUAGAGACGUUUAUGAUUCAUUUCCAAAAUGAUUUAGCACACAUGGUUUCAAAAUGGCCAAUAAACUCCCUGUUUGAUUGAGGAUCUUUGCAUUAGGAGGUGUUGGCUCACCUUUUCUGUGUGUUUUAAAUGACUCUGUUGCUAUAAGAUUGAAACACUGAAUGACCUUGUAACACCUGAAGCUUGUUUAAAAAAUCUGUGUCAGACAACAAAGGAAUCGGCAGGUGAGGGUUCUUAAAAAUCGGUCAGAAAACUGCAGUCAGCGCUCACCCCUGAAAAAAAAUUCACAUAUUACAGCAAAAUUUCAAACUUUUAAGCUGGCAGACUCACUUGUUUUGUAACUUAAAACAAGUGACUGACACCGAGAACAUAUUUACCAUGUCUGGCUUUGCAGAAGUAAAACAUUUCUCUGUUUUGUUUUUUUUUUUUGUUUGUUUUGUUUUGUUUUUGUUACAGCUUCAGUUUGAUUUGCACACACUUUUAGAAAAUGAUUCCCCUCUGUAAAGACUGCAAGUUAAUCUUUAUUCACUCUGUACUCCCUCUGAGCCGAGGACACGUUUGUAACUGUACACCCUGUAGAGUGACGCAACCUCUGCUGUUUUGCUCCCACUGUCAACACUAAACUGACUGCCCUUGACGAAACACCCACUCCUCACAGUUGUUGUACGCCGUCCUCUGAAAGCAGCUUGUGGGUUAUUUGCACUUUACUGUCUCUUUAAAUGUGUCCUCUAGUGAUUUUUUUGCUGGUUCUGUGCUUGUCGACGACACCAGGGUUGUGUUGGGUCUGCAGUGGAGACGCAGUUCCACUCCAAGGCAGCGGAGUUGUCUUGCAGGAUGUUUUAAUUUACAGUAAGCAGCAAAGGUCGUUUCUCUGUAAACCGGCUUUGUGCCGAUGUUCAGCGCCGAUAGGAGAAAUCAGAGGCUUUAAAUGCCGACCAGAGAAACUUGGAAGAGGAGUGUUUUUCAAAGUGUUUUUUUUUCUUUUUUCUUUUUUUUUCUUUGCGAUGUCCGAUUAGUUUCUCUUUCUCCACUUUGUAGUUUUCUCCCACAAAGGAAGAACACUCAAAUUACAGCACAAUAAAAAGUAAAAAAAAAAAUGUUAAAAACGUUAGACCCGAUGGUAGAAAGUGCCGCCUGAAUAAAGCUGCCUAACGAAAAGUUUCCAAUCAUUCUUGUUUUUAAGGUUGAUGCUGGUUGCUGGGUGCCGUGGAGCAGAGGAGCUGUGCCAUACCCCCCCCCCCAUUUGUCCUCUCAUGCCUCCCCCCUCCCCCUGUGUGCGUCUCCCAGUCUAUCAGUGACCCCACGCCCCCACCCAGCCCCUACCUGACCCAUCCCGUCGUGUUGCCGCCCAAGUCCUGAGCCCCCUUCUCACCCCAUGCUUGGGACAAAGCCAGCUCACUGCCAGCCCAAUGACUGCCUGGAUCGUCCUGCCUGUCAGCUUGGCUGCCUUCUCCAUCACAGGAAUAUGGAUAGUGUAUGCGAUGGCUGUGAUGAAUCACCAUGUUUGUCCUGUAGAGAACUGGUCUUACAACGUCACAUGCACAGAGGAGUCGCCCCGACCAGGCUUCCCCAAGACCUGCUGCACCAUCCAGGACAUCCCCCUCAUCAGUAAAUGUGGCUCUUACCCUCCUGAAAGCUGCCUGUUCAGCCUGAUCGGCAACGUUGGAGCCUUUAUGGUGGUGAUGGUGUGCUUCCUGCGCUACGCCCAGGUGGUCGAACACAGCCACCAGUGUUGGGUCAACACCAGCGCACUGGUGUCUGGCUGCACCAACGCCGUCGGUCUGGUCAUGGUUGGAAACUUCCAGGUUGAUCACGCCAAAUCUCUCCAUUAUGUGGGUGCCGGUGUGGCGUUUCCUGCAGGGCUGCUGUUUGUGUGCUUGCAGUGCGUCCUCACCUACCGAGUAGCCGUGACAACCCUGGACUACUGGAUGGCUCACUUCCGGGUGGCUCUGGCGCUGGGAGCCAUGGUCUCCCUGGUCCUCAGCGGCAUAUUCUUCAUCCACGAGAGCUUCGUCCUGCAGCACGUCGCCGCCAUCUGCGAGUGGGUCUUCACCGUGGACAUCCUGGUCUUCUACGGCACCUUCACCUACGAGUUCGGCACCGUCACCACCGAGACCAUGAUGGCCGGCCUGCAGCAGAGCCAGCACGGCUCGGGGGUCAUCAUGGACCCCAUGUCCAGGGCGUCGACGAUGGGCGGGGCCACCAAGGGCCUGAAGUCCCCCGGCGGCAGCAGCACGUCCACACACCUCAACUGUACCCCAGAGAGCAUAGCUAUGUUGUAGCUCCGUCUGGAAAAAAACCCCAAAACAAAGCAGAAAAAAAAGUCACUGCAGAGGUGCUCCACUGGCAGCAUGUGAAGCAAGAGAGCAAAUUCGUAUAACUGUAACCUCAGCAACACCAGGUAUUUCUACCCAUAAUGCUCUACGGCCUUCGGUUUGUUUCGUUUUCGUUUUUCUCCUCCCUUCUCAGUUCUCAUAGCAGAUUACGUUGAAUGUUUGGAGCCAGCUGGAAAACUGGAACCGUGAAUGUUUUCCAAGACGGCGGUUAAAGUUGACGACUCUGCACGGUGUUCGUCUCUAAACAUCUGUCCCCCUGGGUUCUUGGUUUCGAAAGACAAAAGUUCCCACCGCCCUCAAAAGUCAUUUUUGUCCCCCCCUCUCUCCUCCUCUGACUCUCCAGUCCAACCUCUUUUGGCCUUUUGCUUUUCUCUGCACGGCACUGCUCCUGAAUGGAACAAAACCAGUUUAUUUUUUUGUUUUAUUUUAUUGUUUUUGCAUCGCAAAAAAAAAAAUUUUAAAAUAAUGAAUGUUGCAAAGUGAAUAGCUAUAGUAUAUUUUACAGACUGUAAGCUUUACGGUCUAAUUUAAUCAAUCAUGCAUUAAUAACUUGAAAGGUAUAUAACCAUUAAAUUCAUCUGCUUUUAUUUGAUUGCACUUAUAAUUUAAUGUCUUUUUUUUCUAUACAUAUAUAAAUAUACAUGUCUAGAUUGGUCUCAAUCAUUAUUCAUGUCGGUGCAAAACUGGAUGGUUUUUUCUGUUGUAAUGACUGGCUUUAAGCUGACAAGUGAAUUUGUUAUUUGUUUUUUGUUUUUUUUGGGGGGGUUUUUUCAAUCCAAAGUUACAUGAAACACCAAACGUAACAAUCAUCCGAUAAUUUCCACUCCUCUGGGGUGAGCAAUGCCUUUCUCAGAGUGUUUGAGCUGCCAGGUGAGGCUGACGUUUCCAGUGGCCUACAUGUGAUGAUAGGAAUGAGCGACGGUAAAACUACAAUCUGACUUUAGCAUUUGCUGUAGAGUUCUCGUCCUGACACUGGCCGCGUUCCAGGCUGGAUCCCUGGAAGCCUUAUACGAGUUUAAGAAAUGUCCUUUUUUUUUCUUCUUCUUCUUUUCUAUGAGCUCAUGUGAAGCCUUUCAAAAGAUUUUCUUCACAACAUUUGCAAAAGUAGUCACUCCCCUCAGACAUUUGCACGUUUAGUGACGUUACAACUAUCAAAUUCAAUGGGAUUUAUUGGGAUUUUAUGGGAUAGAUUGACACAAAGCAGUUUAAAAAAAAACAAAAAAACAUUAUUUUCAGCUCUUGAGGAUUUUGCGCCUGGCUGUAAACAGAGAACGGUACAAAUUUGACCAGGACGGGUCGUGAUGUUGCAUAUGACAACUGACUGUAAAAUUCCUGCGAUUUGACACUUUUUUUUUAUUUGUUUGUUUUCCAAAUCUAACAUUAAUUGCAAAUCUAUUUUCUGGAGAAAUCUAUUUCUUUGCCUAUGUUUUAAGUGUAGGAUAUUAAUGUUGAGCAUGUAAAAACAACAACAAAAAAGUCACAAUCAUAUUUAGUUUUGGAUUUACAAUUUUGGCAAAAAAUGUUACAUUUUUUACAAAAAUGUGGUUUUUGUAAAAAAAAAAAAGUAUCUUCUGCAGUGGAACAUUUAUACAGAAAUGCAACUAAAUACAGGAGGGCCUUUUUUUGGGAGGUUACAUUUACUUUGUGUUGCUGUAUCACAAAAAGUCCCAAUAAAUUUAAAGUCCUGGUUGUAGUUUGACUAUAGGUGAACUCGUUCUAGGGUGUGAAAACUUUUGCAGUUUCUUUUUAGAUGUUUUUAUAAUUGGUGCUGUCACAACAGUGUUACAAUGAGACACUGCCAUACAGGUUGUCGACUGACUUCAAACCAUACUGUACCUAUGUUGUAUCCCGCCCUACCCUUCUUUCUUUUUUUUUUUUUUAUCGGUUCUAGCCGGACAGCAGACUGCCACGACGCUCUGAGUCGCAACCUGCACAGGUUUUGCUCAGAUGAAAGUUUUCACUGCUAGGUUUCAUAAAGCACACACAUGUAUAAUCUCUGUUCUGGUUUCUCUGGCCCACCGCUGGACGCGUUUUAUUACAUCAAACUCACAGGAUGCCAGCAAUACGCAUUUUCAAAAGGUCACGUCUCCUACCUCUUUUGUGGGUCUGAUGUGAAAGAUGAGAGAUCCAGCUUUCCAACUUGUUGGAAGUAUUUUGGUUUUUUUUGUUUGUUUUUUUGUUGUUCUGUGGUCGAGGUUCAGUAUUUUCCAGCUGUGUCCACAAGUGUCAGAAUGUGACAGAGCUGGGGUUAUGCUGUUGCAUAAAGCUGAAUGAGCACACAGCGCUUUCAUCGCUUACUGUGCAAAAAGUUUGAACUUGACAUUUUUGUUGGACUGCAGAAAACCAUGCCAAAAAAGACCGGAGUAUACAGUUUUCUUUCUGUUAAUGAGUGUGUGUGUGUGUGUGUGUGUGUGUGUGUCGAUGCGACGGUAUGAGUUGGUAUGAAGUGCACUGUUUUCAGCCUUAUCCCAUGUACUCUGCCUAAGAAACUUUCUUUUUAUUGUUAUAUUUGACUUAUGUUUAGCUGUAGCCUUUUUUUUGCCAUACUGUAACCAAGUCAACGUGCGACUCAACGGCAGCUUGUGAGCCCAAACACCGGGGCUGAAACAGCUUCUGUACCACUAAAACCAUUCAACAUGCCAAAUAAUCCAAUGAAAGGUGGAGAUUUUCUCUUUUUCAUGUUUUUUUUUUGUUCUUAGAUCAUUGUGUGCACUGUCUAAGGGUUUGUAUGGAGCCUUAUGUUUUAGAAGGCCGCCUGACUUUUACGUCAACACUCUCAACACAGAUCCAAAUGUCGAUAAAAUGUACUCUCUUCCUACGUCCUGUAAAUUUGAAAAAAAAAAGAAAAGAAAAAGAUAUAGAACAUUAACGAAGGCAUCAGAGAAACCCCCUGUAUAAAAUUUUAAAAAAGUCAACAGAAAUUGUUUCCUUUUAUAAAUUCUGUAAAUAUGUCUGAUUUUUGUCUAUCAUUUAGGCCUUUUAUUUUGACAGAGAUUUAUAUUCAAAUAUGAAAUAAAAAAUGAGAAAUUAUUAUGAAACUGUUUUUUGUUGAAUUUUUUUUUUUCCCAUCACCUAAAGUUAGCUUAGUGCGCUACGCACAGAAGGCCUCUGUGGUGAGAAAAGGGACUCAAAGGUUUCUUUGGUAAAUGAUUUCAUUUCACCUCAUGAAUCCAUAAAAAUGAUGCACCCAUAUAUAUAUAUACAUGCCUCACUUGAUUAGACUUUUUAGGCAUGAUGUUACCAGCUUUAAUAGCCAAAACAAAUACACAUGGGAAAAAAAAGAGCUUUCCAAGUUAAAACAUUUUUUGGUUUAUAUAUAACAAAUAGUCACUGAUCAUUUCCUCUUCCUAAACAUUUCCAUUUACCUGAUAAGUACAACUUUUAUGCACAUUGGAAGUUCAAAAAUUUUAAUAAAAAAGGAAUUUAAAGUCAGAGUGCUCAGAGCUG